UUGAUAUUUGAUGGUAAUCUUAUGGCGGCAAAAUCUCUCUCUAUCUCUCCGAUCUCUAUAGAUGUCCAUCUCCGUGCUCCACGAAGAGAUUCAUUUUGUUGGUUGAGAGAGAAUUCAUAUUCAAAUUCCAUGAAAAUGAAGAUGCAUGACAAGGCUCAAAUCGAUUUCGCCUUUUUACAUCUCGAGAUUAUGCCGACGUUUCAAUUUUGCAUCGGACAAAGAAGGAAACAAGAUCUGAGAUAUGAUUUGUCACUGAUCUCCUUUUUUUUUUGGGAAGUUUCAUUACUUCGUCGGUUCAAAUUCUUCGUUGCCAUGAUUCAGGAAAUACCUGGAUUUGAGGUGGAACAUCUCUCAGCCAUUCAAGAUCAAUACUCCCAUGGUCUCUAACCACUCGAGUAAGGAAGUCCUGGAUUAUUUUGAUGGU